AUGAAGACAAAAUGGGAACAGAUAUGGUCGAAUGUAACCGAAAGUAAAUUGAGGUUAAGGGUGACGUUUCCUCUUGGGCAUCAUCAAAUAGGAAUAACCCCAGAGAGGAACCAGUGGAUCUCACCUCAACAAGCUCAGCUAUUAUUGUUGUUAACUUAUUAUCUGCGGCCUGCUAAUAGGACCAUUAUCUGCGGCCUGCUAAUAGGACCAGCGCCGCAAAGCUAUGGCAACGCCUUUGGAAGGAAGCAGACGUCGCAGCUGAGACGACAUAACAGACUGACAAUGAUGUACGCCCGGAAUGCACGGGUUAGCUGCAUGGCCCCCGUGGCACGACCCCAACUCCGGUCCCCGCCAACAACUGUUCCAACACCACCUUCUUGUCCUACAAUAUUUAGAACAAUGCCUUAUUUCGGUUGGUUGUCAGUCGAAAUGGGUCAGUUGUGCCUAUGUUAUAAGUUCAUCUAUCGCUACUCUCAAUAUUAA